CUUUGCCUCGCCUCACUGAUUGCCCUCAGUCAGAAAUCUUGACUUGCAACUUUAGAGGGUGGAUCUCUGAAAGAAUUUCAGAGCUUACACAGAGAUGAGGUGUGUUGCUCUCUGAUGAGAAGAAAGCUGGCUGGAACGCUGGAGAUCUGGCUGUGACUGCUCUUCACAAGCAAGGGGCAUCUUUUGUGGACUGAAGUUUCAGAAAGAAUGUUUCAGACGAUUAAAGAAUGGUUUUGGUUGGAAAGACUCUGGCUUCCUCCGAAGAUAAAGUGGUCAGAUCUUGAAGAUCAUGAUGGACUCGUCUUUGCAAAACCCUCUCAUUUAUAUGUGACAAUUCCAUAUGCUUUUGGCUUGCUGAUUAUCAGACAUUUCUUUGAAAAGUUUAUUGGUCUACCUCUAGCAAAAAUGUUAGGCAUUAAAGAGAAAGUUCGAAAGAUUAUACCAAAUGCCACCUUAGAGAAUUUUUUCAAACAUUCCACAAGGCAACCAUCUCAAGCUGAUAUUUAUGGACUGGCAAAGAAAUGUAACUUGACAGAACGCCAGGUCGAAAGAUGGUUUAGGAGUCGACGGAAUCAAGACAGGCCUUGCAAGGUGAAGAAAUUCCAGGAAGCUUGCUGGCGAUUUGCAUUUUACUUAAUGCUUACUGUUGCUGGAAUUGUAUUUCUUUAUGAUAAGCCUUGGACAUAUGACCUACGGGAAGUUUGGAAUGGCUAUCCCACACAGCCCUUGCUGCCAUCCCAGUACUGGUACUACAUUGUGGAGAUGAGUUUUUAUUGGUCUCUCAUAUUUAGGCUUGGCUUUGAUGUCAAGAGGAAGGAUUUUCUAGCUCAUGUCAUCCACCACCUGGCUACUAUUAUUUUGUUCACCUUCUCUUGGUGUGCUAAUUAUCUUCGCAUUGGGACCCUCUCGUUGAUGUUGCACGAUGUGGCUGACAUUUGGCUGGAGUCCGCUAAGAUGUUCUCUUAUGCAAGAUGGAGGCAAACCUGCAACAUCCUGUUUUUCAUCUUCGCUGCUGUAUUUUUAAUCACCCGCCUCAUUAUUUUUCCCUUCUGGAUUUUAUAUUACACACUGAUUCUGCCUCUGCACUACAUUGAGCCUUUCUUUGCAUACUUCUUCAUCAACUUCCAGCUCAUAGUCCUGCAAGCUCUUCACUUUUACUGGAGUUACUUCAUCCUGAGGAUGCUCAAAAGAUGUGUGUUCAUGAAGAGCACACAGGAUGUGAGGAGUGAUGAUGAGGAAGAGGAGGAAGAGGAAGAGGAAGAGGAGGAGGAGAAGGAAGAGGGUACCAAAGACAAAGAGAGCGACUGUUUGAAGAAUGGCCUUGGGGCUGACAGGCACCUCAUUCCCAAUGGUCAGCGUGGCCAUUAACUUGAAACCCAGUAGCUCCUGGGGCACAGUGAGCUGCAAGGGCUGCUGGAAGCUGGAAGUGCUCCCCCCAUCUCUGUGGCCUACAGGACCCCAGGGGCCCCAGAUUCUGCCCUUCCCUUUUUCUAACCACCACCUUCUUUUUGCCCCCCGCAAGAUGUAUGUAACAAAAUAUUGUUAACUUGUGUUAAAAUGUUAAGUGUACACGUCCCCGAGGAUUUUACUGCAGUCAGGACUCAGACUGGACAGAGAUUUCAAGAUUUCUCCAGAGAACCGUUUUAGUUCUGAUUGUGUUCAUUCAUGCAUUUGAGACUUUGGGCUUUUUCAGGAGCUCACUUCAUUGCAGGCUUUUUUCCUUCCCACCUUGCCUGUCCUCAGGAUGGUUUGAGAAGUGCUAAGUUGACCCACUUUUUCUAGGUGUAUUGGGCCACAGAGAGCGCUCAUCUCCCACGAAUGAGCGAGAGGUGGCAAUGGGACAGUGGCAGAGGGACCAAACCAGGAGCUGGGCUUCCAGGGCUCACAGGCCGCUUCCUGCCAUGGGCAGUUUUUAAACCUUCCAAGCCUUGGUGCUCCAUCUCUCCAGUGAGAGAGUGCUCCCUGCCCUGCCUACCUCACGAGGUCAGAGGGAGGACCCCAUGGUAGAAGUGACAGUGCAGGCCACCAACCACAGUGUUCUUGUUACCUGGCCGUCUUUCACUGUGAGUCCAGCUCUGUGGGGGAGAGAGAAACAUGGCUAAACGUGCACUGAAUGGGCCUGAAUGAUCUUAAGAAAAUUCCUUUUAAAUGUGUCUAGAGAUACCUGGAAAUGCAAAUACCCAGACGAUUGUUUCCCUUUUAUUUGUUAACUAUUUAUUUGUUAGCCACCCAAGGGUAAUUCUCAAAUUCCUGGAAUUUUCCCUCAGGCCCCAUGGCCCAGGGGAGGGAGUUUGGGCCCUAUUCCUUCCUGACUUUUGCUGGGCCCUCACUUUUCCCUGCUGCUGCCCUGAGCCUCUCCCUGAGCUUCAGUGGCUGUUGGGUCCCCCUGGCGCCUCUCCUGGGGAAGUGGACCAGGUCAGGUUGCUGCCUGAGCCGUUAGCACCCCGGGAGCCGGAGCCUCUGGGGCUGCCCUGCAUCUGAGCUCCUGAACACAGGAAGCCUUGGAGCAGAGAGAGGAGGCUACGCUGUCCAUCUCUGCUACCCAACCCAACCAGACUGCCUCACAGUGAAACACAGCAGUAAAAGGCUGGAGAAUUGCCCUGAGCAAUGUCCAAGGGCAGGUGCUAGAGUCAGUGACAGCUCCCGGGCCCACCUGAGGAGGACAGGGACUGGCAGGUCAGUAGCACUCUUGGCCCCCAAAGGGGGCACACUCCUGAGCCCAGUGUGUGGGGCGGACCGCAGAGACUUCUUCCAUUUCUGCCUGCAGAAGGGAGGCAGAGCCUUGCAGAGAAGGAGCCCGAGCAGAUAUGCAGCCUCCCUUCCCCACCCCAGCCCCUCACAUUUUUUUUGGUCACAUUUGAACCUUCAUCCUGUUUUGCUUGGGGCCUGUAUUAUAAUGCCAGGUGGGAGCUGGGUCUGUGGACUGCUAGAGCAUCCGCACAGGCUCCCCUCCGGGCGGCCAUGGCCCUGGAGCGAGAAAGGCACUGUACAUAGAAACGGUGUCAGUGUUUUUUGUUUUUUAAUAAAAAGCUGUUUUGAAAACUUUCAGGCUCAACCAAAACCAAAACCAAAAACCCUUGAGAAUUCUUCACUCAACAAAAUCUGUUUUUGAGGAAUCGUUAGAACAAAUAGAAAAAUGUGUGUCGAGUUUUCUCUGCCUAAUAUUUGCUUUUAUGAGCAGAGUAAUACAUGUACUAUAUGUAUAAUGUUAUGUGAUAAAUCUCAAGUGCCUCCACUCAUCUGGGGGCUUAGCUGUUGAACUCUUGUUAAUAUUAUGUUAUUAUUAUUUUGGUGGAAGAAGAUCACACUAAGAUAAUAUUUUUUAUGUUUCCAGUUUACAGACUAUUUUUUCCUUGAUAUCUUUUGGUCUUACCAAAUAUCUUCUUGCUUAAGGUAAAAAAUUGUUUCUUUGCUGCUCUAUCCUCCAGUUCUUUAUUUCUUAUUUGAACAUUGAAGAUAAAAUUGUGUUGUGCCCAUUUCAACUCUCUCUGAUACAGGUGGAGCCCUAGGCUACCUCUUAAGCGUAGAUAUGCAUUUUUGUAACAUCCUUUAGGGCUUUUGUGGUUACUUUUUAAGAUAACUUCUCUUUCUACAGGAAAUAAGGGCUCUAUACCAGAUGACUUCAUAUAAAUGCAGUCCGGUGUGCCACCAAUAUUAUCGUAACGGUGAUGGCCUACAAUAAAACCAAGACAGCAGCCAGCAUGCGUGCUGACUGAGUAGAUGCAGCACA